CAUCUCAUCUCCGCCCUGGCUUUAGCAGGUUGACUGCAGGUCCUGGGAAGACCAACUUUCUUUGUUUGGAAGCGGACUGGACAGGAUUUCCUUCCCCAAGUCUCAGCCAACGGGCCAGCUUCUCCCAACGGUUUUGACAGACUGUCCGGAAGGGGACCGUGCCCCAGGCCACAAUUAACCCGGCUGUUGGCAGAAAAACUGAGGCCCAAGGAGGCAAAGCGACUGUGCUGGAGUCCUGAAGUUGAGUUUGAGAGGCGACACGGCGGCGGCGGCCGCGCUGCUCCCGCUCCUCUGCCUCCCCAUGGAUAUGCACUGCAAAGCAGACCCCUUCUCCGCGAUGCACCCAGGGCACGGGGGUGUGAACCAGCUCGGGGGUGUGUUUGUGAACGGCCGGCCCCUGCCCGAUGUGGUGAGGCAGCGCAUCGUGGAGCUGGCCCACCAGGGUGUGAGGCCCUGCGACAUCUCCCGGCAGCUACGGGUCAGCCAUGGCUGUGUCAGCAAGAUCCUGGGCAGGUACUACGAGACUGGCAGCAUCAAGCCGGGAGUGAUUGGCGGCUCCAAGCCCAAAGUAGCCACGCCCAAAGUGGUGGACAAGAUUGCUGAAUACAAGCGACAGAACCCAACUAUGUUCGCCUGGGAGAUCCGGGACCGGCUCCUGGCUGAGGGCAUCUGUGACAAUGACACAGUGCCCAGCGUCUCUUCUAUCAACAGGAUCAUCCGGACCAAAGUUCAGCAGCCUUUUCACCCAACACCAGAUGGGGCUGGGACCGGAGUGACUGCCCCUGGCCACACCAUUGUUCCCAGUACGGCCUCCCCUCCUGUUUCCAGCGCCUCCAAUGAUCCAGUGGGAUCCUACUCCAUCAACGGGAUACUGGGGAUCCCUCGCUCCAAUGGCGAGAAGAGGAAACGUGAUGAAGUGGAGGUAUACACUGAUCCUGCCCACAUUAGAGGAGGUGGAGGUUUGCAUCUGGUCUGGACUUUAAGAGAUGUGUCCGAGGGCUCAGUCCCCAAUGGAGACUCCCAGAGUGGCGUGGACAGUUUGCGGAAGCACUUGCGAGCUGAUACCUUCACCCAGCAGCAGCUGGAAGCUUUGGAUCGGGUCUUUGAACGUCCUUCCUACCCUGACGUCUUCCAGGCAUCAGAGCACAUCAAAUCAGAACAGGGGAACGAGUACUCCCUCCCAGCCCUGACCCCUGGGCUUGAUGAAGUCAAAUCGAGUCUAUCUGCAUCCACCAACCCCGAGCUGGGCAGCAACGUGUCAGGCACGCAGACAUACCCUGUUGUGACUGGUCGUGACAUGGCGAGCACCACUCUGCCUGGUUACCCCCCUCACGUGCCCCCCACUGGCCAGGGAAGCUAUCCCACCUCCACCCUGGCAGGAAUGGUGCCUGGGAGUGAGUUCUCCGGUAACCCGUACAGCCACCCCCAGUACACGGCCUACAACGAGGCUUGGAGAUUCAGCAACCCCGCCUUACUAAUGCCGCCCCCCGGGGCUCCGCCCCUGCCGCUGCUGCCGCUGCCUAUGACCGCCACUAGUUACCGCGGGGACCACAUCAAGCUUCAGGCCGACAGCUUCGGCCUCCACAUCGUCCCCGUCUGACCGCCCACCCUGGAGGGAGGGAGGACCGACGCGACUCGAAGCCUCCGGGUCACAGCCCCAGCCCCACCCCCACCCCAGGACGCCUGCAGCUCUUCACGUCACCCCGUCGAAGGCCGGACUCUACGACUGGAGCUGCGGGCAGGACCCUCAGGCCCAGGCUCACUCUCCCCAACCCCGCCCGCCACCCCUCCUCUCCUGCCUGGACUGCGUGGCGCAGUGAGGAGGGCCGGACCCAGCUCGAUCCAGCUCACCCCGGCCUCGCCGAAGCCGGCCCCGGAGCGGACCAGCCACAUAACGCCGAACUGUGGCCCGACCCGCCGCUGCAUGCGGGGACACGUUUUUGUGACACACAAUCAGCGCGGACUGCAGCGCGGCCCAGCCCUGGAGCAGCCCGCCUCGGCGCUCAGGCGCCAGGAGGACUCGCUGGAGGGUCUGGGCAAAGGAAAAUAGGAACGAAACGAUUUUCUGCAGAAGGAAGAAGAGCCUCCUGCCUAACCCUCGGGGAAAGUCCUUAUUCCUGAGCCAGCCGGACUGCCCCUACCUUCCGAGUGUGCCCUGCCCCAGAAGGUGGAAUGGAAUGGGGGCGUGGGGGCUGGGGUCUAGAAACAAAAAGGUGGGGUUGUCAGGUCUUUCCAAGAUUGGGACCGAGGCACGCAGGCCCCAGCAGCCUGCACCCACCGAGCCCCGACUCUUGGCUCUUCCCUCCCUACUCCACCUGAACUGCCCAGGCGCCUCUUACUAGUGACCAGACUCUCAGCCCCACCUUGCCCCUACCUCAGCGUCUCAGCCAUCUGCUGACCUCCCAGUCUCCCCUUACUUCCGUCCUUUUCCCAUCGCUCUGCAUCUCUCCUCCCUAACUCGCCGCCCCAUCAGAAACUCAGGACCAGUUUCCAUAAGCCAUGGGCACUGGUCUUCCCCAUCAGUUACUUGAUGUCCCUCCCUGGACACAGACUCUCUUGGUCUGCCCAUGGUAGGAGCGGGUUCUGAGUUGGUGUCUGAGCUACGGCGGGGUAGAAGUAGGGGGCCGCCCACUCCACCCCAGCCUCUUCCUCCCGCAGGAACUGAACAGAACCACAAAAAGUCUACAUUUAUUUAAUAUGAUGGUCUUUGCAAAAAGAAAAAAAAAACCCAACAGGCUGCUGCUUUGUAGAAAGACGGUGUGUGUCGUGUGAAGGCGAACCCCUGUGUAUAUAAUCCCGCCCGGUCCGCCCCGCCCCGCCCCGGUAGAGUCCCAGCUGCCCACCCGCCCUGCCUGUAGAUACGCCCCGCUGUCUGUGCUGUGAGAGUCACCGCUCGCUAGGGGGGAGGGGGGAACACAGCUACACGCCCUCAAAAGCACAGCACGUCCUGGGGGGAGGGGGGCAUUUUUUAUGUUACUAAAAAAAUUACGAAAGAAAACUCUAUGCAAAAUGACGAACAUGGUCCUGUGGACUCCUCUCGCCUCUGUUUCGUUGGCUGUUUCUCUGUAAUUCUGUGUUUUCGCUCUCUCCUUCGUGUCUCCUGCACACCUCUCCCUUCUCUCCAUCUCUCUCCCUCUCUGUCUGUCUGUCUGUCUCUCUGUCUUGGUCUCUUUGUCUCUGCUCCUCCCUCGGCCUCUCUUCCCAGCCCUGCCCCGGCAGCCUUGCCCUCGUAGGCUAGAUCAGAGGUGGCAGCUUGUCCCCUCGCGGCCGUGACCCACUAGCCCUGAGCCGCCGGCAGCCGGGCCGCCCCGCCCCGUAGUUGCUCUUUGUAGCGGCAAUGCGCCCUGCAUGUCUCCUCACCCGUGGAUCGUGACGACUCGAAAUAACAGAAACAAAGUCAAUAAAAGUGAAAAUACAUAAAUAAAUAAAAAUCCUUAAACAAA